AUGGCGUUGUUGCAGUCUUCAAUCACCCUGCUGACUUUCUCAUCAUUUCUCGCGAGUAGUUUCUUCGUUUCCACCACCAAGGCCUGUUCAAACUGCCGCGAGCCGUGGGUGGAAUUCAACGGUCACUGUUACUUAAUGGUCACGGACAAACGCAACUUUCAGGAUGCGGAAAAUAACUGUCAAUCCCGUUCGAAGUCUUGCAGACCGUCGCAUCUCAUCACAGUCGAGAGCGAGGAAGAAAACCUCUUUCUGAAGAACUACACCAUCGCUGUGUUCGGACCAGGCCACUUUGCUCUGUGGAUCGGGCUCAACAAUAAGGCUGUCUCUGGGGACUUCGUCUGGGUCGACGGGAGCGAAGCGACUUACCGUAAUUUUAAGACGGGGGAGCCGAGCAAUAACUGGGGCGAGGACUGCGUGGUUCUGUGGUAUGGGGAGGAAUGGAAUGACUUCCCCUGCUCGAAUGAUGUCGAGUUUGUGUGCAAGAUGCCCGGUAGAUUUUCACGUUAUAACUAA